AUGACCACCCAGCUCUGUUCCCCGAUCUUCUCCUCUGGCUCCGUCAAAGGCUUCUGCAGCUCGGCCGGCGGCCUCUCUCGGAUGUCCUCGGUCCACUCUGUGGGCUCCUGCAGGGUCCCAAGUCUCUCUGGGGCUGCGGGCUCGGCUUCGUCGGUCAGGAUGGGCCUCUCCAGCCUGGGCAGCUGCAUGCCUGGCUCCUUCCUGUCGGCGGGGUGCCACCCCUCCGGCUUCAUGGGGAGCGGGGGCUGGCUCUGCGAGGGCUCCUUCAACGGCAGCGAGAAGGAGACCAUGCAGUUCCUGAACGACCGCCUGGCCAACUACCUGGAGAAGGUGCGGCAGCUGGAGCGGGACAACGCGGAGCUGGAGUGUCGCAUCCGGGAGUGGUACGAGUCCCAGAUCCCGUACAUGUGCCCCGACUACCAGUCCUACUUCAAGACCAUGGAGGAGCUACAGCAGAAGAUUCUGCUCACCAAGGCUGAGAACUCCAGGCUGGUCCUGCAAAUCGAUAAUGCCAAGCUAGCUGCCGAUGACUUCCGCACCAAGUAUGAGAAUGAGCUGGGCAUGCGGCAGCUAGUGGAGGCCGACACCAAUGGCCUGCGCCGCAUCCUGGAUGAGCUGACCCUGUGCAAGGCUGACCUGGAGAUGCAGGUGGAGUCCCUGAAGGAGGAGCUGCUGUGCCUCAAGAAGAACCACGAGGAGGAGGUCAACACGCUCCGUUGCCAGCUCGGAGAUCGGCUGAAUGUGGAGGUAGAUGCGGCACCCCCAGUGGAUCUCAACAAGAUCCUGGAUGAGAUGCGGUGCCAGUACGAGGGCCUGGUGGAGAACAACCGCAGAGACGUGGAGGCCUGGUUCAACACCCAGACCGAGGAGCUGAACCAGCAGGUGGUGUCCAGCUCGGAGCAGCUGCAGUGUUGCCAGACUGAGAUCAUCGAGCUGCGGCGCACGGUCAAUGCCCUGGAGAUUGAGUUACAGGCCCAGCAGAGCAUGCGGAACUCUCUGGAAUGCACGCUGGCCGAGACCGAGUCCCGCUAUAGCUCCCAGCUGGGCCAGAUGCAGUGCAUGAUCACCAACGUGGAGUCGCAGCUGGCUGAGAUCCGCUGUGACCUGGAGCGGCAGAACCAGGAGUACCAGGUGCUGCUGGAUGUCAAGGCGCGGCUGGAGUCGGAGAUCGCCACGUACCGCCGCCUGCUGGAAAGCGAGGACUGCAAGCUUCCGGCUCACCCCUGCAGCACGGAGUGUAAACCUGCCGUCAGGGUGCCAUUUGUCUCAACUGUGCCCUGCACCCCGAAUGUGCCCUGCGCCCCGGCCUCCCAGGUCAGCACGCAGAUCCGCACCAUCACCGAGGAGAUCAGAGAUGGCAAAGUCAUCUCCUCUAGGGAGCACGUUGUGCCCCGUGCCAUGUGA